AUGCCGUCUUUUCAACUCCGCCAACUUCUGGCAGUCUUCUGGCUACUUUUUGCCUUUGGCUUAGCCUCGCCCCUUGGAGAAAAGGGCUCACUUCAGUCUCGGCAAACCGUUUGUCGCACUGGAUUCGGCUGCUUAGGUUUUGGUGUUUCUGGCUGGAAUUCCUUCUUGGUGGACAUUCCCGCUGCCAAUGAUCCUAUCGUCCAUGACGCUACCUCCACGGGACGAGUGACGAAUGCAAGCAUUUGGAACAAGUCAGAUGGCUCGUGUUUCUUCACUAUCGGCGUGGUUCCGGGCUACAGACCACCACCUGGCCAAAAUAUUGAAGUGCGAGCAUAUGUUGGGUCAACCCAGGUCACUCUUAACACCGACGAGGUGCAUGAACUGCUCAAUGCAUUUGGAACUAUUCCUGCUGCCGUCAUCAAUAGGGCGAGAUCUUCAAUGUCUAGAGCUGCGGUUAAGGUUGAAUGGAGGAUUGUUUAA